AUGGCUUCCCGGAGAGCAAUGCUGCCGCUGCGCAGUCUGCUCAACAGGCAAUGCGCCGCCUCCCUCCGCCAGCAACAACGGGCAUCCAGCUCCUCGUCGACCCAGGCGCUGGCUUACAAGGCCCUUCACCGUCGCAUCGCGCCCCUCCCCACCGAAGACCGUCCCCCGGCGUGGUCGGCGCCCGCUGCCGUCAGCAACAUCCUCUACGAAACGCCGCUCCCAUCCCAAGCUCCGCCCAAGAGCCAUAUCCUCAACUGUUUGGUACAGAACGAGCCCGGUGUGCUGUCCCGCGUAUCCGGUAUCUUGGCUGCCCGCGGCUUCAACAUCGACAGUCUGGUCGUCUGCAACACCGAGGUAGACGACCUCUCCCGAAUGACAAUUGUGUUGCAGGGGCAGGAUGGUGUCAUAGAACAAGCCCGUCGCCAGCUCGAGGACCUGGUCCCGGUAUGGGCUGUGCUUGACUACACCCAGUCGCCCCUCGUCCAGCGCGAACUGCUCCUCGCCAAGGUCUCGAUUCUCGGCCCGGAGUACUUUGAGGAGCUGCUUGCGCACCACCGAGAAAUGGCGCAGACCCCGGAGAUGGAGGAGCAAUACGAACCAGACAUGACAGACGAGGAGCGCAACGCAAUGGCACAGGAGGCUGCUCGCGAGUCUUUGCGGAAAGACUACCACCCAACAAACCUGCCCGUCAGUCAGGCACUCCGACACAAGCACGAGCAUCUGCGCGCCAUUACCUUCAUGACUCAUCAAUUCGGUGGAAAGGUGCUCGACAUUAGCACAAACAACUGCAUAGUAGAGGUUUCCGCGAAGCCUACCAGGAUUGACUCCUUCAUGAAGCUAAUUGCUCCAUUCGGUAUCCUGGAGUCCGCAAGAACUGGCCUUAUGGCUCUACCGCGCUCCCCGCUACACAACAGUGCCGAUGUGGAGGAAAUGGAGGCGCAGGAUGUUGUCGACAACAGUCUGCUCCCUCCAGGUUAA